AUGUUCCAAUUUUGUGAGUAUGGUCUGAGCAAUUCUAAAAUGGACUUGCCUAAUUGUGAUAACCAGCUGGAUGUUGCCGUAAGGAAGACAUCUCUAAGAGAUCUACAGAGUGAUGAUAAAAUGAAAAAGCUGACCUUUGUAAGCUGUUCAUUGUUGAAGGAUAAAGAUGUUGGUCCUGAUUCUAAUAAUGUUUUUGGCUCCAAGAGACUCUUGCCUCAUUUCUCAGUGAAUCACCUUAUUCAACAAUCUAUCGGAAAUAAUGCUGCAAAUGGACAUCUUUUGUAUGCUCGCAGAAAAUCAGAGGCAGAAUUGGGCAAGAGCAUUGCUUGCGAAAAUCCAAGUAUUAAUGCUUAUUGUCGGUAUUUGAGCCAGCUUUGUUGUGAACAGGAGACUGCUCAAAUAAAGCCUCUGAUAAAGGUGCCAAAGGUUUCAUGUUUUCCAACAUUUGCACCUUUUCCAAUGACUUCCUCAAUGAGCUCAUCCAGAAAGCCUUCUGUUCCUAUUUCUCUUGGGAAAUCUCCCCUGAGGCUAUCACCGGUUGAGUCGAAUUAUAUGACAGCUUCUUCUGGCCCUGCCAGUGGUAAUCCAAAGGGAUUGAAAAGUGUGCAUUGGGAGGAGCAAUACCAACACUUGCAGAUGUUUUUAAGGAAACUAGACCAUUCUGACCAAGAGGAAUAUAUCCUAAUUCUUCGAUCACUUUCCUCUGUGGAACUUAGUAGACAUGAGAUAGAGCUAGAGAAGAGAUCAAUUCAGCUAUCACUAGAGGAAGGUAAUGGAAUCUUUUUGCUUAGUUUUUUCUUUUUUCAUUGGGGGCUUGGUUGA